AAAAGGGAAAACCAGCUAUAACCUCAAAUGGAUGCUUCUACUUCAUCAUCCAAAGAAGGCACACCAGAGAUUGUGUUCUUUGACAUAGAAACAAAUGUACCCAAUAGAGCUGGACAGAGGUUCUGGGUAUUGGAAUUUGGUGCAAUUGUAGUUUGCCCUCAGAAACUUGUGGAGCUGGAAAGCUAUAGCACCCUCAUCAGGCCUGGGGACUUGUCUGCUGUGGCAUUGAGAUCUGGCCGGUCCGACGGGAUCACUAGGGAAACUGUUGCAAAUGCACCCUUGUUCAAGGAAGUUUCUGAUAAGAUAUUCAGCAUUUUGAAUGGUAGGGUGUGGGCAGGCCACAACAUCCGAAGAUUCGAUUGCAUUCGGAUUAAGGAGGCCUUUGCGGAGAUUGGGAGGCCUGCUCCUACUCCGGUUGGGAUCAUUGAUUCUUUAGGGGUGUUAACUGACAAGUUUGGCAGAAGAGCUGGUAAUAUGAAGAUGGCAACUUUGGCAUCUUACUUCAAGCUUGGGCAGCAAAAGCACAGGAGCCUUGAAGACGUUAGGAUGAAUUUGGAGGUCCUCAAGAACUGCGCAACUGUGCUAUUUUUGGAAGCAAGCCUCCCUAGCCUGCUAAAUGGCAACUGCCGCGGCUCUUCAACGAUCACAACGCGAAGCAGAAGCAAUGGGAAAUCGUUAUGCAGAGAAGAAACUAACCGGAAGUCUCCACCCACUGCUUUGAUUGGAUAUCAAAGAGCGGUUCCAUAUGCGUCAAGGGGGAGUUUGGAAAAGAUGACAGAGAAGGUAAAGAAUCUGCUGUGUAGAGCUCAAGGAAAUCAGCCUCUUAAUACCAUACUGAAGCAUUCUCAUUCCCUACUCCGGUGACAAAGCAAAGGACGUCCAUUUUUCAUGCAGCUGAGCAGAUGAUCUCUUCUCCCUCCUAUCCUAUUGAGAAACCAUGACAGAGAGAGAACACAAAUUUACAACUGCCUGCAGUGAAAAUCAGAGAGAGGAGAUUAAAGCAAAGCAAACAAUAGCAACAACUUGAACUAGUUAUUAUCCUUCGACUAAUUGAUUCAAUAUAUAUUUAUUAUUUAUCUGCAUUCUUUUGUAAUUUCUUUGUCUAUACUCUAUUCAUUAAUAAACAUCCUUCCUAACAUCUCUUGGAUCA